AAAAAAUGGCUACCCUUGAUAGAGUAAAAAUAUUAGUUUUGGGAGAUUCCGGGGUGGGCAAGAGUUCCUUAGUUCACCUGCUGUGUCAGAAUCAAGUUUUAGGGAAUCCAUCUUGGACUGUUGGCUGCUCUGUGGAUGUACGGAUUCAUGACUACAAAGAGGGAACCCCAGAGGAGAAAACCUUCUACAUUGAACUUUGGGACGUUGGAGGAUCUGUUGGCAGUGCCAGCAGCAUCAAAAGCACAAGAGUGGUCUUCUACAAUUCUGUCAAUGGAAUUGUAUUAGUACAUGAUUUAACAAAUAAGAAAUCGUCUCAGAAUCUGUACCGCUGGUCAUUAGAAGCUUUAAAUAAAGAUUCCUCUCCAACAGGAGUCAUCGUCUCAAAUGGUGAAUAUGACAGAGAGCAGUUCAUUGAGAACCCAGUGCCUUUAUUGCUGAUUGGAACCAAGUUGGAUCAGAUUCCAGAGAGCAAACGGAAUGAAGUUCUCACUCGGACGGCGUUCCUGUCUGAAGACUUUAAUGCAGAGGAGAUCAAUCUCGACUGCACCAACCCAAAAUACCUUGCUGCUGGCACAACAAAUGCUGUGAAACUUAGCAGGUUCUAUGACAAGGUAAUAGAGAAGAGAUAUUUCACCAGAGAUCCAAGUCAGAUGACAGCUUUCACAGACAGAAAGAGAUUCAACUUCAAAAGUUUGCACUAUGACUAACCUCCACGAAUGCACAUGCAGCGGCCUGUGGUUUUACUUUUACACCUGGCACUCGCACCCUCUAACUCUUGGCACUCACAGAAAAUGAACCAACCUCUUCCACUUCCUGUGACUGGCAUGAAACUUGUAGAAUCGACUAUAUAAAUAUUGUAUCUGUAAAAUAUUAAUUAAAAAAAAAACUUUUACAUAUAAUUUACAAAAGGGCUUUAAGCUGCUUUGAGAAAUAAAGAGACAUACAAAUAUUUUAUUGUAGAUUUUGUAAAUCAUUUUCUCUGGUACAUGCAAAA